UGCCUGGGUUUGUCAAUUUCGAGGUUUCAUUCCCUUAGAGAAUGGACUUCAUACUACGGAAGAAGAGGAACACCUGAGAAACCACAGAUAUUACUUGGGAAUUAUGUUUCCUUUGGGGUGGGUGGGUUGUUGUAUAUAAAGCUAAUAUUAACAAAACCAUCCAGCCGCAAUAAACAAGUUUCUAAUUUCAUAUUUGUGGUUGAGAUCUUUAGGAUUUGCAUCUGCUCUUGCAAGGAAGAAUGGCUACGGUCAGGAGAGUUGUCAGAACCGUGCUCAGCAAGGAGCAGGCGGAAGGAGUUGGGGCCCGUGUGCGCAGGAGUAUCGGCAGGCCUGAGUUGAAAAACCUGGACCCAUUUCUGCUACUUGAUGAGUUCAAAGUAGGCAAACCAGCUGGCUUCCCUGAUCACCCUCACCGAGGUUUUGAAACGGUAACGUAUCUACUGGCAGGUGGAUCCACAGCCCAUGAAGACUUCUGUGGCCGUACUGGUAUACUGGAUCCAGGAGAUCUGCAGUGGAUGACAGCUGGCCGUGGUAUCCUCCACGCGGAGAUGCCCUGCUCUGAGCAGCCAGCCCAUGGCCUACAGCUUUGGGUCAAUUUGAGAAGCUCUGAGAAAAUGAUUGAACCUCAGUAUCAAGAACUGAAAAAUGAAGAAAUACCAAAGCCGUCACAAAAUGGUGUGACGGUGUCUGUAAUUUCAGGAGAGGCACUGUCUGUAAAGUCUAAAGUGUAUACUCGCACGCCGACGCUAUAUCUGGAUUUCAAGCUAGACAAAGGAGCAAAACACACACAGCCAGUUCCCAAAGGUUGGACAGCAUUUAUUUACACACUCUCUGGCAACUUAUAUAUUGGUCCUGCUAAUGAUCAACAAAACGUAGAGCCCCACCACACUGCUCUGUUAGACGAUGGGGACUGUGUUCAGGUCGAGAACAAGGAUCCUGAAGUAAGCCAUUUUGUCUUAGUGGCUGGCGAGCCAAUUAAGGAAGCGGUGGUUCAGCAUGGUCCCUUUGUGAUGAAUACCCAGGAAGAAAUUCAACAAGCCAUUGCUGACUUCAGAAAUAUGAGGAAUGGAUUUGAGAGAGCUGCCGUUUGGAAAUCAAAGAUUGGAAACUAAUGACUUGAGAUGUCAAAAGCGAGACUGCUCAGCUUUUUACAUUUGUAGCUUGUCUUUACUUACAAAUCACCUUGUUUGCUUCACUGGAGAGAGUCACAUGAGUUUAUCAGAUUGAACCCGACGAAUGUUUCUGUAAAAUGCAUCGGACCAAACCUUAACCGUUAGGAGUGCUUUAGAUAGGUACAUCUGCAUUUUUAUUUCUUUGCGAUAUGUUCUAUUUCUCUCUACAUUCAUUUUCAAUGCCUUUCUUUGUAACAACACUGUUUUAAUAAAUGAACAAGAU